UAAACACAAAAAAAUAUAAGAGACGCCAUCUUUAUGGCAUUUCCCCCACUUCCAGCACUUGACAAUUACAGUUUUGCCAACAUGACAUAUGUCAAAUGGCGGCCAAAAUUCAAAUUCAUGUCAGAAGAAACCGAAAGUCCUUAUUCUAUGACAGAAUCUCAACUGGAGAUGAGACGACGCAAACCUGACUAUGGUCGCCUCUCUACACAACUCUUCGUCGGAAUUUUAGCUUGUCUUUCGUCGAUAUCGUUUGGGACGACGCUUGGAUGGUCCCAUCCAGUCUCGCAAAAUCUAGCCCUAAAGUACAAAGACGUGGCCGAUAACAAGCUCACCAUCUUGUUGAGCAUAUCGCUAUUGGGGUGCAGUUUCGGCGUGACGUCGUGUACGUUUAUGAUACAGCAAUGGGGCCCCAAAAAAGCCAUGCGAUACAUCGGCGUAUUCUACAUCAUGACCUGGUGGCUCAUUCUCCUCCCGCGCGGCAAAGUGCAAGUAGCCGGACGUUUCUUUCUCGGAUUUUUUGGAAUUUCGUAUUCCAUGUGUGGCGAAACUUUGUAUCUCCAAACUGUGCAUUACCAUCUAAAACGGUACAUUUCCGUCUUCCACAAUUCAUCAAUGGUCUUCGGAGUGCUUAUCAGCCAUAUGGUGGGGGCUGCCACGACUACGUUCUAUUUGACCGUCUGCUGCGCCUUAAUCCCGGUAUUGCACUACAUCCUCUUCCAGAUUGUUCCCGAAAGUCCAGUUUUUUUGUACCAAACGAGUCAUGUGGCCGCGUCUGAGUCCCUAGCGUGGUACAGGGGGGCAGGGAAUUUUUACGAAGACAUGGGCAAUUUAAAAAAAGAUUGGGAAGCAAAUCGGUAUGACACGGAAGCUUAUGGGUACAUGUUCUUCGCUAAAGUGGUGUACAGGGGGCUCCUAAUUGUGCUCGGGGUUGCGUUUUUUCAAGCGUUUGGGGGGUACUUUAUCUUCCUGUUUUACGAAGUUCGAGUUUGGGCUGAAAAGAGUGUUUUUUCACCGGUUGUGGAUGCUUUAAUAGGGGCUCUAUUUUUCGUCGUUACUAAAUUCCUAUGGAGCGUUCUACAUGAGUUCACGUCGAAAAAUGUUCGUCCCUUGUUGAUUUCUAGUUGUUUUUUCAGUGCACUAGCCCUUACAGCUAUUGCGAUUUAUUUAAUUUUGGAUAAUCGUAAAAUUGAUUUUUUAAAGUGGUUUUUCUGGAUGCCUACACUAGCAAUGAGUUGCUUUUUAUUUUCAUUCGAAAUGGGGCUGAACUAUUUUCCGAAAGUCUUAACUUUUGAAUAUAUGCCCUUUCAAGUGUACAAAAGAGCGACAGUGAUCGUUCAGUCAUUAUACUGGCUGAUGGCUUUUUUAAAUAUUUAUUGUUUUGCAUCUACUUAUCUGAUAAUUCCUACGUAUGCUUUCUUUAUUGUGUUGGCAAUACUUGCCUACAUUGGAACUUUGUUUUGUUAUUAUUUUGUGGUAGAACCUAAAGGUAAAAGUCUUGUACAAGUACAACUAGAGUUGGGUGGCAAUCCUGUUGGUAGAAGAGGAGCGCUUUAUCACCAAACCAAACGUACGCUAUAA